AGGCGAGACCUAAAGGCUAAAACUAUUACUUCUUUCUUGUAACUCAUAUCCCCUAAAUCAGGCAAAUCAUCAUCCCUUUCAUCACCCACAGUACUGAUCAGUCCUCUGAUAUCUUACAAGGAUUCCUUGAUUUCUCCAUAUAACCCCAUCACCCACACACUACCAGCAUACAUCAUCCCUACAUCGCAUAUAUAUAGUACUCGUCAUAUACAUCACGAGCUAGAGCGCUAGAGAGAGGAAGAGAAAAAAAUGGGAGAGGGGCUAUGUCCACGACUGUCAAGUUCAUGGAAAAACAUGGAGAAAGGUCUGAAUGAUGCAGUCUCAAAGACAAAGGUUGGCAAAUACUUCAAGCUAGAUGCAAGAAAGAGCACUUUCACUAAAGAACUACGUGCUGGCACCGCCACUUUCCUCACCAUGGCUUAUAUCAUCACUGUUAACGCAACCAUUCUAGCCGACUCCGGUGGUACCUGCUCCGUUGCUGACUGCUCUGCUCCGGUGAACCAAACGGCUGGUCCAGACUGCAUGCUUAAACCCAAUGAAGGGUAUCAAAGCUGUCUUGAUAAAACCAAGAAUGACCUUAUUGCAGCUACUGUUUUAUCAGCCAUGAUAGGGUCAUUUGCCAUGGGAAUUUUAGCAAAUUUGCCUUUCGGCUUGGCCCCGGGUAUGGGUCCUAAUGCUUUUGUGGCUUAUAAUAUGGUAGGGUUUCACGGUUCGGGGCCUAUUUCAUACAAGACUGCUAUGGCAAUUGUCCUGGUUGAGGGUUGUGCCUUCUUCAUAGUUUCUGCUCUUGGGCUUAGAGAAAAGUUCGCUAGGAUCGUACCAAAACCGAUCCGGCUCUCCUGCGCAGCUGGUAUAGGGCUUUUCAUAGCUUUCGUCGGCUUGCAAAUCCAUCAAGGCGUGGGCCUUGUCGGGCCUGAUCAGUCCACGUUGGUGACGGUGACAGCAUGUUCGAGCACAAAUCCGGUGACUGGGGAAUGCAUUUCCGGCAAAAUGCGGAGCCCAACAUUUUGGCUUGGCUCAGUUGGGUUAUUAAUCACAUGUUAUGGGUUAAUGAAGGAAAUCAAAGGCAGCAUGAUUUAUGGCAUUCUUUUUGUCACAUUAACAUCAUGGAUUAGAGGAACUGCUGUGACAUACUUUCCACAAACCCUACUUGGUGACAACAAUUACAAGUACUUCAAGAAAGUGGUGGAUUUUCACAAAAUCCAAUCCACAGCUGGGGCUAUAAGUUUCACUAGUUUCAACACAAGUGGUGCCUGGUUGGCUUUUCUAACCUUAUUCUAUGUAGACAUGCUAGGCACCACUGGCAUUUUGUACACAAUGGCUGAAAUUGGAGGGUUUGUGAACGAAAAGGGAAGUUUUGAAGGGCAGUACAUGGCAUUCCUUGUAGAUGCAGGGUCUACAAUUGUGGGAUCUACACUGGGAGUCACAACAACUGCAACAUAUGUCGAGUCAUCUGCCGGGAUCAGGGAAGGGGGUAGAACAGGACUGACUGCCGUGACUGUUGGCUUGUGUUUUCUUGUAUCACUGUUUUUUACUCCUCUGUUAACUAGCGUACCUCCUUGGGCUAUCGGACCAUCACUGGUGAUGGUCGGAGUCAUGAUGAUGAAGGUGGUGAAGGAUAUCGACUGGGAGAACAUCAAGGAAGCAGUGCCUGCUUUUAUUACCAUGCUUCUGAUGCCACUGACUUACUCUAUAGCAAAUGGGAUUGUUGGUGGCAUCGGAAUGUACAUUGCUCUUAGCUUGUAUGAUUAUAUUGUGAGGUUGAUGGCGUGGUUGAUCAAGAUGAGGGGAAUGGUAGUGAAAGAGCGAAAUCAAGUGUCUGCCACAGCUGGUGCAGAUCUUGCAAUUGAGGUUAUUUAAGGUUAUAGCAAUGUAUCUGUCCAGUUUUCUUAACGUGUGUAUGUUUCCUCCA